ACUGGUCCUACUGAUACUACUACUUUAAAUACUACUACUUUUGCUCCUGCUACUGCUACUAAUAGUCCUACUGAACCUACUGCUUUAAGUACUACUACUUUUACUCCUGCUACUGAUACUACUAGUCCUACUGAACCUACUGCUUUAAGUACUCCUACUGUUACUCCUGCUACUGAUACUAAUAGUCCUACUGAACCUACUGCUUUAAGUACUACUACUUUUGCUCCUACUACUGAUACUAAUAGUCCUACUGAACCUACUGCUUUAAGUACUCCUACUUUUGCUCCUACUACUGAUACUAAUAGUCCUACUGAACCUACUGCUUUAAGUACUACUACUUUUGCUCCUACUACUGAUACUAAUAGUCCUACUGAACCUACUGCUUUAAGUACUCCUACUUUUACUCCUGCUACUGAUACUACUGGUCCUACUACUACUUCUACUUUAAAUACUACUACUUUUGCUCCUACUACUGAUACUACUAGUCCUACUGAACCUACUGCUUUAAGUACUCCUACUUUUACUCCUGCUACUGAUACUAAUAGUCCUACUGAACCUACUGCUUUAAGUACUACUACUUUUGCUCCUACUACUGAUACUACUAGUCCUACUGAACCUACUGCUUUAAGUACUCCUACUUUUACUCCUGCUACUGAUACUAAUAGUCCUACUGAACCUACUGCUUUAAGUACUACUACUUUUACUCCUGCUACUGAUACUAAUAGUCCUACUGAACCUACUGCUUUAAGUACUCCUACUUUUACUCCUGCUACUGAUACUAAUAGUCCUACUGAACCUACUGCUUUAAGUACUCCUACUUUUGCUCCUGCUACUGAUACUAAUAGUCCUACUGAACCUACUGCUUUAAGUACUCCUACUUUUACUCCUGCUACUGAUACUAAUAGUCCUACUGAACCUACUGCUUUAAGUACUCCUACUUUUGCUCCUACUACUGAUACUACUAGUCCUACUGAACCUACUGCUUUAAGUACUCCUACUUUUACUCCUGCUACUGAUACUAAUAGUCCUACAGAACCUACUGCUUUAAGUACUACUACUUUUACUCCUGCUACUGAUACUACUAGUCCUACUGAACCUACUGCUUUAAGUACUACUACUUUUGCUCCUGCUACUGAUACUAAUAGUCCUACUGAACCUACUGCUUUAAGUACUACUACUUUUGCUCCUGCUACUGAUACUACUGGUCCUACUACUACUUCUACUUUAAAUACUACUACUCUUGCUCCUGCUACUGAUACUACUGGUCCUACUACUACUUUAAAUACUACUACUUUUGCUCCUGCUACUGAUACUACUGGUCCUACUACUACUACUCCUACUGCUACUGCUGCUACUACUACUACUACUCCUCCUCCUACUACUACCAGUACUACUACUACUACUACUACCGGUACUACUCCUACCAGCACUACUCCCCCUACCAUCACUCCUCUGGUGUGUGAUAAUGGUGGGGUAUCACUGAACGGGGUCUGUAUCUGUCCUGAUGAAUGGACCGGAGAGACCUGCUCAGAAGAAAACUUCUGCCAAGUCGAAGAGUUGGAGGGUUUCAGUUUCCCAAUCACACCCAUCGGCUGGUUCGCUUAUUCUAAAGAAACUUGUCCAAAAGGAACGAGUGGUGCUGGUAAACCCCGGGCUUCCACCAGAUGUUCCACCAAGAACGGACAGCCGAGUUUCCAGCGUCCGCCACAGGUCCUCCAGUGUGACCAGACGCUCAGCGACUUACAACAAAAUCUCACCAGUCCGGAGGAUUUAGAGAAGCUGGCGGCGAGCACUCAGAUUCUGACCUCCAAACCUGAAGAGCUGACGGCUGAAAACAUCACGGCAGCAGCUCAGAUCGCCAACACGCUGCUGCUGUCGCCAAACGCCACCGAGAGUGUCCGGGUGGCAGCGGUAGCAACCGUCAGCCAGCUGCUGAACGCCAGCACGCCGGACGGUGGCGAGGAAGACAACGCUACGCUGGGCCUGACGGUGACCCUGGACCAGCUCGCGGUCAACCUCAGCCUCAGUGUCGGUGCGUCCCGGUCUCAGGUGGUUCAACCGAACCUGGUGGUCCAGUCGGCUCAGAUUCCUGCAGCCGACACUCAGGGGGUCCAGUUCACGUCUCUCUCAGGAACGUCUGGCAGCUUCGUAGCCGACCGCAUUCAGCUGAACACCAACACGUCAACGGUCGUGGUGGAAAACGGGUUCAUAGCCGACGCCGUGGUCUACGUACGAUUCCCACCAGACGAAGCGUUCGGCGUUCGGCAGAAGCCGGCGAACGUCUCGCUGGGCUUCGUCCUCUACCAGAACGAUCGUUUCUUCAGGUCGAGGCGCUACAGGCCGCGGCGGACCACCAUCAGGGUCCUGUCGGCCACCGUCCAAGGUCAGGGGCGCCGCGUGGUGCCGCAACACGUGGAGAUGCUGUUCAGACCAACGGUGAUGAACGGGACGUCUCUGUUCGACUUCGCUUGUGUUUUCUGGGACUACGAUCUGCAGGACUGGAGCACCGCCGGCUGCUCUAAAGGAAACGCUUCCGACGGACUCCUCCGAUGUUUCUGCAACCACACCACCAACUUCGCCGCUCUCUGGUCGUUCAGAGCGAACUAUGAAUACGCUGAAGCCCUCGGCGCCAUUUCUGUUGUCGGACUUUCCUUUUCUAUUCUGGGUUUGAUCGUUACGAUAAUUCAUCACCUUAAAGUCAACUUUCAGAAAAAGGACGAGGACGAAGUCAAGGACUCCCAGAUCGCUCUGUUGUCUAUCUGCUUCAGCCUGCUGGCCUUCAUCAUCACCUUCGUCACCGGAGUCGGAAACUCCAGCAGACGGGACGCUCCGGUGGAGGUCGACACCGGAACCAACGCCAUCCUGGACUCCGAUGAACACGUGGAGCCAGACGGAGGCUCGUGUUCGGCGGUGGCAGCUCUGCUUCACUUCUUCCUGUUAGCCACCUUCGUGUGGAACAGCGUUUACGGCACUGUGAUGCUGUGGGUCAAGGACCAUAGUCUUCCUGCGUUCUGGACGCCACUCAGCUUCGCCGUAGGAUGGGGAGUCCCGGCCGCCAUCAUGGCGAUCACACUGGGCGCCACCUACAGCGUGGACGACCCCCUGGGAUACCGACAGGAGGAGUUUUGCUGGCUCGCCGCUCUGGACCAGAACAAACAGUUCCACUUUGGGAAGCCCAUGUUUUGGGGUUUCCUGCUUCCUGUCGGUCUGAUCCUGAUCUACAACAUGGUUCUGUUGGUUCCGAUCCUGAAAAGCAUCAAACGGUUUUCGUGGAGGAAGUUCCUCAACAGUUUCUCACUGGUGGUAGUACUGGGUCUGUCCUGGUCUCUGGGGUACCUGGUUCUGGUCACUACCGGACACACCCACCUGGUCUUCAGCAUCCUCUUCUGCCUCUGUACAACCACACAGGGGGUUCAGAUAUUCGUCCUCUUCACCGCCAGAGAGAAGUCGUUCAGAGAAGCCGUGUCGCGGUCCGUUAAGAAGGUCUCGUCGGUCAACAUCCAGCUGAAAGACACAAAGUACAGACUGCAGAGGAACUGGAGUACGACCGUCUCCGAGAGCUACCGAGACAUCAGAGACCUGAACUAGUCCUACAGAGACCUGAGAGACCUCUACUAGUCCACCAAAAUUCUGCAGCAACCCGGACCUUCACAAUGCAGAGAACUGGAAGCUAACAUCGACCUUUAGAGGAACUCCUACCUGUUGAUGAUGCCUCCUGGACCCCAGAGUAGAAACCACAUUUCCCAGAAUGCAUUGCAGCAGAAGCCAGAAGCCUGGAGGUCGUCUGAGAGAAUAAGAACAAAAACACUGAUGAAUGUUGAUUUAAUCUGCACGCACUACAAAGUGACUUUCUUUCACAAUUUUAACGUAUUUGAAAUUCAUCAUUUGACACGUUUUAUAUUUCUACUUCAAUAGUACUAGAUUGUACUUAUUCAGUUUGAUGUGACGUUUUAGUUUAAACUUUUUGAGCAGCUUUGUGACUGAAAGAUAGUGAUGAUAUUUGAUAUAUUUAAUACUGAUAACUGAUGAACUGCAAUAAUUAAUUAAUGAAUUAUUAAGACUGGUGAUUGUUACAGAAGCCUGUUGAUCAAACGUGUAACUUUAAAUAAAACAUCUUUUAUUAAAGGAAUAAUUCCACAU